UUUUUAUAACAUUUAACAUUACAAUAUCGUGCAUAAGGAAGUUUUGAUACUGUGGUAUAUAUUUUAACCGGACCUGAAGGAUAAACAGAAUGUCUGACCACAAUUCCACAAAUGUUUUGAUCGUUCUUCUCGUCAUUCUUGGAGUAGUAGUUAUACUGUUUCUAAUAACGGUUGUUGCAAUCAUUUUGAGAUGGAGAAAAGAUAAGGAUAAUUCUAACGUUACAUUCAGAUACCUCAAUGGAUCUAAGAUAGAACCAACUACCUGGGCACAUUACGGACAAGCUGAUGAUCUAACAUCACCGUAUUCAGAAGUGUUUCCUGAUACCUUUUCAUUUUCAGCCACGGACGAAUCAAAGGAGAAUACGCAAGAGCAAGCUGAGGAUGGAGUCAAAUCUUCCGGAGAAACACAUCGCAUUUCAACGAUAUCCGGUAGAUCUAUUGAUUUAGGUAAUGUUAGUGGUGUUUCGGAGUUUACACUAAAUCCUGCAGUUGUUCGAACACGUGGUACGAUGACGUAUGGGGAGUAUAGGAAGAUGAAAGCAGACAGUAUGAGAUCAAGUGUUGGUGUAGAUCUAGGGGGAGACUAUCAUAAAGCACAGAGAAUUAUGGGGGAUGACGACGCAGCAUUUUACUUUUAACUAGCAUAACAGUCGUAAACCAAUGUGAUGCCAAACAAUUUGAAAUUCGACUCAUAUAUGUACGAUUUCCAAGCAGUAAAACAUAUUGUU